CAGUGGUAUUCAGUGGUUGUGGUUGCAGACACAUAUUCUUAUCAUACACCGGCCGGAAAAAAUUCAGAAUUAAAAAAGAAAAGAGAAACACAAUGGAAUUUGUAGCUUCACUCCCCGCACGCCGCCUCUCCGUCUUGCCACCCACCACCAUAUCCACUCCAACACCACCACCCUUCAUCUCACCUUCCACUACAAACUCAUUAUAUUCUCCAAUCUCCACAAAUUACAACGCCAAUAAUCACCGCCACUGCAUCAAACGCAAUAAUAAUAAUACAUAUAGAUUGGCACCAAAAAUCCACCCCGUCACCGACGUAAUUUCUGCUGCAGCUAUUACAUCAGACGCCGCCGCCACUCCGGUGGAGAUCACCUGGCAAAUCAUCGUCGGGACUAUUGCUGGAGUUACACCGUUCAUAGUUGCCGGAAUCGAGUUCGGAAAGAGAAUUGUGGCACAGCGGAGAUGCACUACUUGUGGUGGCUCCGGCCUUGUUCUUAGAGAAACCGAUUAUUUCCGAUGCCCUACCUGCGGUGGAUUUUUGCCAUGGCAAUCUUGGAAAAGAUUCUUCACUGGUUGAAAAUUGAAAAUGGGUGCAGUGGAGUGUCUUCAAUUCAUUCUCCCCAUCAUCCAUCUUAUCAUCUUCUUUAAUCAUUACUUCCUUUUUACAGAUGCGUAUAAUGAUGAUGUCUUAUUAAUGGUAUAUUCAAAAAUAUAAUGUAGAAUUUGUACUUGUUUGUGUAUGUAUGUCUUACUCAACAAA